CUGCGGCCGCGCUGGGUCGCGGUGGCGCUGUGGGGCUUGGUGGCUCCGCCACGCCUCCAGCGCCCACGCUUGAUACACGUGGGCAGCUUCGCCUUCGCUUCGACACGACCACCGCCAGGAGAUUCAGCCGCGCGCGAUACGCGCCGCAGAAACUCCACGCCUUCGAGACGUGACGCUCGACCGAUAGAUAAAUGCAGACGUCUGUGGGUGAUCGACUGCGGCGUGGUUGACAUCGGCAACACUUUUCAGCACAAGUGCCCCCCACAACUUUUAGUUUUCGAUCUCAAAACGGACGAGCUUAUCGCCCGCCACCGUUUCAACGUACCUGCGAACGACAACGAGACCACUUUCAUGCUGAACGUGAUUGCUGAGCAAAAGGGCGGUUUCUGCAGCGACGAUGCCUUCGCGUACAUCGCGGACACAGGCGCCUUCGCAAUGUACGUCUUCAGCCUCCGCUCUCAAAGGCAUACACGUUUGCCAAUUCAUAGGUUCAGUAAAAGUGCUGGAGAAGCGCUGGCAAUGAACUCCGUGAUGCUUUUUCAUCAAAUGGGAACAGAAUCUAUUUACUGUUGGGACACGUCAACUGAAUAUACGAGCGACAACCACCAUGUUGUAGAACAUAACAGCACUAUUCUUCACUUCGUAACGGGUAUGAAAGCAAUUUCUCAAGGCUACCCUGAAGAGUUAUGGGUCAUCGAUGACAAUGGGCAACGUGUAUUCACAGGAGAGUUUCAAGCUAACCAGCCACGUACUGUAAAUAUUGUCAGAGGUUAUAAUCAACACGCGAAUCCUUCAGUAUCUGAACACGAGGUGGCGCUGCGGUCGCCCCCUGUGUUGUGGUAUCGCGACUUGCCGGUGUCCUAA